AUGUGGCCUCAUUUCUCCGCUGCCGCCUGGACAAAGACCCUCAUUCAUGGCCCUCCACCAUCCGUUGAGGAAAAAGUGGAUAAUUCUGAUGGCUGGGGAGCCCUAGCUCGACAGUGGGCUCAUCAGCGUAGUAGCCAAUUGCAGCCUCAUUACACUAACAACGUAGCUCUACCUCCUCCACCUCCACCUCCACCUCCACCUCCACCUCCACCGCCCCCUCCUUCUCCGCCUCCGCCACCAAUCGCUUUUAUACCAGCAACUCAAAUCCAGUCAAAUACAAGCAACUUAGUUUCCAAUGCAUCCAGAGUUGACUCCAGCCACCUAUUAAUCCCAAACUCCCUAUUAUGUGCACAAGAGAACCCCCUUCCCUCACAAAGUAUGUGCUCAGUACCUGAAAAUCAGGGGGCUCCACAGAGUUCUUGGUCUUCAUUCGAAAAUUCCAGGGUCUCGCAAAAUUCGUGGUCUACAAAUAGCGGUCAAGCAUAUUCACAGAAUUUGUGUACGGCACCUGGAUAUCAUGGUCCUCCUCAAAGUGCUUGGCCAUCCUAUAAUAAUCAUGAGCGUUCCCAGAAUGCUUGGCCUUCACAAGCAAGCUUACAAAGCAAAUGGUCGGCACAUGAAAGUCACUCUUAUGGUAACCAAGUUCCUCAGGGAUAUAGUAAUACCAUUUCCCUGCCAGGUCCUUCGUCUCAAUAUUAUGAACAUAAUCACCAUCAAAUCAAUUAUCCUUCCAGUGAAAAUUCAAACAAUCCUGGUAUACAUUGUAAGUCUUAUGAGGAACAGUAUUACAGUGUGGGGAGUGGCCAUACGGGUCAAAACACACGCUAUCAAAAGAGAUGGACUCAAAAUGAUCAGGGUGAUUGCGAUUAUGGUUCUCACGCUUCAGAAGUUUAUGAUUAUAACCAUUCUUACUCUCUUGAAAGGUCAUUUAACUCGUCAGCUGUCAGACCGGCUAAUCCUUAUAACCAACCCUAUCCACGUUCUAACCAGAAUAAUCGUAACAUGUGGCCUAGAAAUCCCGAGUCUUUCCAACCCGUAGAAAGCUUUCCUCCACCUGAGCAAUUCAACGAUAUGCACAUUCACCGUCCGAGUUAUCAAUAUCAAGAUGAACCUAAAUAUAUUCCUCUCAGUGAAGAUGCAUCGGUGAAUGAAGGUAAUCAAUUCCGUGGAUGUCAUGAUCACGACUACCGCAUAACAAUACAGAGUCCUACAGUUCCGUCUGGUAGUAUGGAAGAAAACUGGAAGGAUGUGGAUACUCGUCCUAAUCUGCCUAGCGACAGUGGUCACACAAGCCCGGCAAUAUUUCCGUCGGCUAUUGCAAAUAAAGCCUUGGCUGAUCCUAGACCGAUUUCGCUUAUCCCAACUCCCAUUAUUGAAUCUUCGUGUAAGCCCAGAGGUCGUAUCACACAUCUGCCCGUUCCGGAACACCUAAUGACAGCUUUCGAGGAAGCUGCUGCAAGCACUGGAGUCUGGCCUCCAAAAAAUUUAGAACCAGAACAAACCGGAGGUGGUAAUACCAAACCUCGUGCUCUCCCCGCAUGGCUUCGUGAUGAAUUAGAGAAAUUGGAAAAGAAGAAAGCUAAAGAACUGGCCGCUGUAUCUGGAGCUACUGUUUUAGGGGCUGCUCCUGAUGCUAAAAGGGAUGAUGAAGGUGAUAUCGUUAUGGAGGAUGAAGCUAAAACUGAUGUCCAAACACUAAAAUCUCUAUUGAACAAUAAUGAGGAAUCAGAUAGUGAUGUCAAAGAACAGGGAAGUCCUUUUGAUGUCUCAAGUAAUCCUGUUGGUGACCUCCAAUCCCCGUUUUCAUCUCGAAGUCAACCUCCUGCGGAAUCAGAGGAAAUCUCAAACCCUGAAACUGCGGUAAAACAACUAACUACAGAUAAUUCUCAAAAUAUUUUACCCAACACUCCUGCAUCAUUAACGCCUACACAUCUGCUAUCCCUUCAAGAAUUUCAUGAGUUGUUCGCAUCACUAUCGGACGAAGAACAAAGGACUGAAACGGCUCGUUUUAUUACCCGGACGCUGACGGAGGCUCUACUGGCUGUUACAACUGAACUCAUUGACGCCAUAGUAGAAGAAGUAAUGACAGAAGCGGUUUCAGGAAAAUCGCAUGUUCUACCAUUAGAAGACUCUCCAUAUGUUGAGAUAAAAUCCCCAAUUCUAGGGUUGGUCUCUUAUAAUAGUGAAAGUGAGUCAGAAUCUGAGCAAAACGUGCUGGAAAGUAAACUACCCACAAGUAAUAUAUCAGGUAUACUACCAGGUGAUGUUCCUGAUGAUGUAAAGCAUGAUUAUACAUCACACAAUAGUCCUAGUAACGAAAAUAAUAAAAUUGUCACUGAAAGUGGGAAAUUUCAAACUGUACAAGAAAAGUAUUAUGAAAAGCAAUCUUAUUCUUCCAGCAUUCAUCAGAAAUCUUCUAAACGCCAUAAAAAUGAAAAAGAAACGGAUACGGCCGUCACAAUUUCACGUUCGCAUUCCAAACAUUCACAUAAAAGGAAAACAAAUUCACGGCAUUCCCAUCGUAGUCGUAAGAGGGAUAUUCGUGAUUCUUCAACAGCUUCUUCAGAAUCUUCGAGUUCGAAUCAUGGGAACCAAAAAGUAGGACUCUCUCGAUUCAGUCGAUCCUCAGAAGAUCACAGUGAUAAUGUUCGGUCACCAAAACCUUAUUUUACGAAGUCCAGUCAUUCGAAACAUUCUCAUCAUAAAAGUCAUCAUUAG